UUUCUAUUCGUAUAUGUCUUUCCUUUCCUGUGAAUCAAAGAGGGGAUCGGGUGCACGGCACGGGGGUGCCAUUCACUCGUAUCUAGAUAGAGUGCACCGUCAUUAUUAUUUUCACAAAAAAUAAUCCGAAGAUAAUAACCACGGUAUAACAUGAAUCUACUACAGUACGUCUCACAGUUCGAGAUUCGGAUUUUGAUUCACGCCUCUGACGACAAGAGGCGCGGUGCCUUUGGUAAAGCCUUGGUCGAAUCGAGGCUCUCCUCUUAGGCAGACGAUCGAGGAAGCCCCGCCGCAAGGUCUGACGAUAGCUCGCGAGUAGGGCGGACAGAUUGGGGAGGCGGCGGCGAUGCAGAACCUAAUCUGCAUCGAGACACGGACUGUGCUGUUUAAAUUUGCAGUAUGAAAUCAAGGAAUUUGUUCCGCCGAUCGACGCGCGCACUUCCCAGUUCGCACCCACGCUGCGGCAUCUGUCCUCGGCCGACCGGGCGAGCCGAGCCCCCAAUCCAACGGAACCCACCCAUCCGCGAUGGAACCUUGACGGCACACGCGGCAGACACCGGAGCCCCGUACCGCCCCGCACGCGCGGCUACCCCGCUCCACAACGCCCAUCAGCUCGUGCACCCGCUGGACACCCACGCACCGACGCACGCACGUGCGUAAAUACAUACGCCUGCACGUGCGCAAAUACACACGCACGCACGCUAACGGCACGGCUAGAUUAGAUUACGGACUAGUACACGUUCACCGCCGCCGCUGCCGCCAUGCCUCCGCCGCCGUCGGAGCACGCCGUCCUCACGGACGCCGCCGACGAAGCAGGCGAGCCGUACCAGCAGUCCAUCACGCGGUCGCCUGGCCCGUGGCACACGCACGUCACGCGCCACCAUCCGGCGCUCCAGAUCGGCGACUCCUUGCUCCGCCUGGUCAUGUUCAUGCGGGGCGUGCUCACCCACGCCACCUUCUGCCGCCAGGACGACGACGACGACGACGGCCCCAGCUGGCUCGACGACCACCUCCGCCGCAACAAGGUCCGGAGAAAGCCCCGGUGCCUCGCCGUCCGGGCCCUCCAGCUCGGCCCACACAAGAUCGCUCGCACAGAUGAGGUGGACAUCGUGGCAAAGUUCCUGUACAACAAGCCCCGGAGGAUCGUCUGCGAGCUCUGCCGCCACGGCGGCUUCGCCAGGAUCGACAUCCUCUGCUCCAACAUACGCCUCAUGCAGGCCUGCUUCGACCACGCCCGCUUCGACACCUUGAAGAUCCACGUCAAGUCUUCGUCCCACCGAUACCGCGCCGAGCGUGCUCCCCCGGGGAGGCACCGCCGAUGGGAGCGCUGCACAGAUUUUACACCAAAGACAUUCUGUCUCCAGUUCGAGAAGGGGACCCUCGAGAGGUGCUACGGGAAGAUGCUCUACACCGAUCCUCCACUGAUUCUGCUAACUCUGUCUCCUCCUCCCGGCCAAGAAGAAGAAGAAGCCCAAGCAACUGACACCCAAAUCUUCACUGCUCAUCCGGUUCUUCCCCCAUUUGCCUCAACAAACACAGGAGCUACUUUCGUGAUGCAUGAGUAUGGGGACGAGGAUGCCUAGUCGUAUGACUACAACUAGUAGAAAUGCAUUCGAUCGAUGAGUAGAUAGAUUGCCAUAGUACAUAGAGUCAUUACCCAUUCGUUCAUAUUAUUCGUAUCUGAAUUCGUUGUAUAGUAGUGAGUAGAUAGCAAGUAUACACUUGUACAUUUAAACAAUGUUGAUGCUUGAAAUUUGUGGUUGCAUAGUAA